GGGGGAUGCAGCCUACUUCUAUGUCUCCUGUGUCUUCCUGCUUAAUGGGGUAAUGAUGAGCCUGUUCCUCCUCUACGGGACUUACCUAAGUGGCAGUCGUCUUGGAGGGGUCGUCAUUGUCCUGUGUCUCUUCUUUAACCAUGGAGAGGUUGAGAGAGCACUCGGGUCAUGUGGACUCCACCGCUGAGGGAGAGCUUCUCCUAUCCCUUCUUUGUCCUGCAGAUGCUGCUGUUAACACGCAUUCUCAGGCGUUCCAACCAUGAAAGAAGAUCCCUAGUAGCUCUUGGUGCUUGCAAUGUUUUGUUCCUUCUUCCUUGGCCAUUUGCCCAGUUUGUUUUGCUAACUCGGGUAAAUAAAUCCAUACAAUGAGAUUGCAUGCCUGUUUGCCUGUUAUUUUAUGGGCUAUCUCUCCACUUCCAAGAUUAAAUCACUACUUGUUGUGCAUCUGGCUUCAUUUGCCAUCUGCUUUGUCAUGCUGUUUGGGAAUUUGGAACUUUUGACAUCUUUUUACAUUUCUUCCCUGGUUGCUGGCUGGUUUGUCCAAGGUAUUGCCUGGUUUACCUCCACUGUGCUUCUCAAAUUCUUCAUGUCGUUCAUCCUCGGAGCGUCCAAUGAUGCUCACAUUGGCAACUUGAUCAGAUCCAAGUUGACCAAGUACAAGGAUUUCCACACGUUGAUGUACACCUGUGCUGCAGAGUUCGACUUUAUGGAGCUGGAGACUUUGUUGGGACACGUUAAGACAUCGAUACUCCCGGUAAACAGUUAUUGUAGCCAUCAUUUCUGGAAAGGCGCGAAAGAGUUAACUCUAAAGAAGAUGUCGAUAUUGACACUGCAGAUGGCACAGUUUGCUAAUGGGGAGAUGGUGUACCAUAGUCUGCAGCUGGUGGCCUUUGCCGUGCUGGCGAUCUUGGUCAUGAGAAUCAAACUUUUCCUGGCCCCGCUGAUGUGCCUCAUGGCCUCCCUGAUCUGCUCUAGACAGUUGUUUGGCUGGAUAGGGGAGCACUUCAAGCGCCACAUCACUGUGUUUGGCAUCCUGUCCAUCAUGGCCAUCCAGGGCGUGGCCAACUUCCAAAGCCAGCGAGGAAUCGUAGGAGACUUCAGCAACCUGCCUCAGGAGCAGCUCCUGGAGUGGAUCAAUGCCAACACCAUGCCCAAUGCUGUGUUUGCUGGCUCCAUGCCAACCAUGGCGAGUGUGAAACUGUCCACUGGUAGAGCCAUCGUGAAUCAUCCCCACUACGAGGACACUUGGCAGAAUAAGUUACGUCUAACAUAUUCCCACAAGGAAAGAACCAAUUUGGUGUACACCUUUUACAGCUGUAAACCGGCCAAGGAGGUGAAGAGGAAUCUGAUGCAGCUGCAGGCAGACUACUUCAUCCUGGAGGACUCCUGGUGUAACCGCCGCUCCAGGCCAGGCUGCAGCAUGCCUGAGAUCUGGGACGUGGAGGAUCAGGAGAACAGAGGAAAGUUGCCGCUAUGUACCCUCCUGUCCAUCGACUCCCAACCUUACUUCACCACAAUGUUCGAGAAUAAAUUCUACAAGGUGCUGAAAAUCCCCAUAGCUGCCAAAUAUGACCUUUUAAUAUAGGGAUAUCAUUUUUAUUAAACAUGUUCAAUUUCAAUAGUCUUUUUUUUCUCUACAGGACAACGCCUUUAUCUCUU